UCGGAGGAUAAACUUCCCAGUCGGGUCGUGAUGACGGUCCCGGAGGCCUGGCUGCUCACGGCCCCCGACCGAGGGGAGCGGGCACUCGGAGCGCCCUUGUAGGUGGAAAGGGCAACGUGCGCCCCAACGCGCGGUUAACGUAGCGAGUGGUUCCCGGUCGACCGAGGUGGUUAGCCAACCCUGCUGUUUCUGAACUUGCGUUUUCCGUUCAAACCCAUUUGGUUGGAUCCUGUUAACUUUUUCUGGGAGAGGCUGAUUGAGGGGCCUUCGGCGGGCCGGGAUGCCGGCGUGUUUUCAUUGUGCCAGUUCUCAAAAGUUUCGUGGCCCAUGUAAAUCGUGUCUUGGAAACUUUCUGACUGAAGCAGCCAGCACGUCAUGAUUUAUAAAAAGUAGGGGUACUUGGUAGGCGGGUAGUUUUAAAGGGUUCUGCUUUUCUUUUAAGAGAAAUAAUUAUAUUUUUCUGUCACUUUGCUUCUGCAUGCCUUAAAGCAACUUAUGCAUUACCCAAUGGGAAUAUGUGGGUGGGUUUUUUUAUAUGUUCAUUUUGUGGUUGAGGAACACAGACGAAGUAACAUAUGUAGGUACAGUAAGUCGAUUGUGGUAGCUAGGCAGUGUCUUCUACAUUAGUCAGUACUAACUCCCCUGAGGAACUUUUGUUUUUACUGUAUGUGUUGGCAAUGAAUACAGGAAAUUCCUCUCAGACUGUGGUGGGCACUGAUGCCCAGAUUAGACGACCACUUCUGCAGUUGUUCCUGUCCUGCCAGUGAGAGGCACAGAAAACAGCUGAGGGCCGGAGCUGGAGGGCUGGCAGCGAAAGUGGAAGAGAUGAUCAGUCCCUCUGUGUCCAGCCCCUCUUUGCUGGUGGACCACAGUGCCCUGAACACCAGCCCAUCACACAGGCGUCACAGCAGUGGUCACAGCACUGGUGUGAGUGUCCACCGUUGUAACAGCAGCCACGCUAACAGUUGGCAUCAUCAUUUGGUGCAAAGGAGCCUUGUGCUGUUUUCAGUUGGAGUUGUCCUAGCGCUGGUGCUCAACCUGCUACAGAUACAGAGGAAUGUCACCCUUUUCCCCGAAGAAGUGAUUGCCACAAUCUUCUCUUCUGCCUGGUGGGUUCCUCCCUGUUGUGGGACAGCAGCUGCUGUUGUAGGCUUACUCUACCCCUGCAUCGACAGUCAUCUUGGAGAACCCCACAAGUUUAAGAGAGAAUGGGCCAGUGUAAUGCGCUGUAUUGCAGUUUUUGUUGGCAUCAACCACGCAAGUGCUAAAUUGGAUUUUGCCAAUAACGUUCAGCUGUCCUUGACUUUAGCGGCCCUGUCUUUGGGCCUUUGGUGGACGUUUGACCGUUCAAGAAGUGGUCUUGGGCUUGGAAUCACCAUAGCAUUUCUAGCCACUCUGAUCACUCAGUUUCUCGUGUACAAUGGUGUUUAUCAGUAUACAUCUCCGGAUUUUCUCUAUAUUCGUUCUUGGCUCCCAUGUAUAUUUUUCUCAGGAGGUGUAACAGUAGGAAACAUAGGGCGACAGCUGGCUAUGGGUGUCCCUGAAAAGCCACAUAGUGAUUGAGCCUUCAAACCCACUGAUUUCUGAAGAAUAAACAUGAUUUGGGAAGAAACUCUGUGAUACUGGAUUGUGGCAAAGAUGAUCUUUUUCCUAAAUAAUCUGUUUAGAUUGGGCUGCCAGUACAGAUGACUCCUGGAAAAGUAUUCACUAUUUUAGAAUGGCAAGUGGAAACAGUAACUGCGUAUCUUGAAAUCUGACCUGGAUUCAUGGCACUUGUACCUGUCUGUGCUCUGGGAAAUGUGAUCCAGGCUGUGGGUGGGAGUUGAGGCCAGGGGCAGUUCCCCAAGUAUUAGAUUUCAUUUAUGUCAUUAAAACAAGUUGCCAUAUUUCAAAGCCUUGAACUAAAACUUAAUGACCAGCUAUUGAUUUUGUAUCAGUGCCCAAAGGAGACAGGUUGAUGGUGCUUAACAAAGACAAGUAUGGUAUAAUAAGAAUAAUAUUUAUCCAAAAGUUUUUUAAAAUAGGGUUGUGUUUUAAAAAAAAAAAAAUGCCUGUGUGGGGGACUGUGCUCUGAGUGGGGUCAUGGCGUUGCGGGGUAUCUGGGGCCCCGCCCCCUCAGCGCGGGAGCAUGCACACUCACACUCACGCACACUGAGGUGCACAGCAUCAGGAUGGGAACUAGGUUUCUCCUUAUACCCGUGGAGUUUUGUGUAGACAAUCUUACUGAAAGCAAAAGGCAAUGAAAAGUCAUAAUUCUACACUAGUCUGUAGAAAUUUUCACCUCAGUUUAUGAAAUUGUAUUCAAAAUCCAUAAUCACCUAAAAGUGAAUAUAUCUCUGCUAUGUAUUGCAGUCUUAGUGAGCCAAAAUGAUUAGUUUCUUUGAUACUCCAGAAGAGAGAUUACUAUUUUUUUCACAGCCCUAUAGAAUUUGCAAUCUGUGAUUGCCUUGUAAAAAGACGAGUGCGUAUGUCACUACGUUAAAAACAUUUGGUGUUUCUAAAUAGUCAUAUUGGUGAGCACAAUGUAUUCAUUUACUGACGUAGACCAUUCAGACCUAAUUUGCAAGCAUUGGGUCUUAAACUUCAAGUGCAAUGUAUAAAACCAAUCUGAGCCUUCUAUUCUCUUAAAAUAUUUAUUUUGUUUGUAAUGUAUGAGAUGUUAAAGAGAGGGGUUCUGCAUUCAUUUCAGUGCUGCAUGAAGGCAAAAUUCAGCAAUAAUUUCUUUCAGCUGCAAAGUUACUUUAUUGUUGUACCUUCCACUGAACCCUAUCCUUUGAAAUACUCCAGUUUUGUGCUUUGAGUAUACUUUUAAUUUUUACUUACAAAUUUACCUUUUGUAUUAUGCAAUUUAAAUGUUUUUGGUUUGUUUUAAAUUCUGUUAAAGUGGCUUGAUUAAAAGACUUUCCUUUUAAAUAGAAGUCACCAGUCAGCAGAAUGGAAGUUUAGACUAUCUUGCCUGUGAGUGUUGAUGUAUGUAUUUGAUUUUGUUUAUGUGUUGACCCUGGUUGGGUUGUUUUGAGAAAGAUACCUUGGGAGUAAAUUUUAGGUUACUAUAGCUAAUUUGUUUUAGAGGAAAUUUGUUUAAAAGAAAGUGGCAUCAUUCUGAACUUUGGAAUGAUCCCUUAUAAAUUUUCUGAAAUUGAAAAUAGUUAUGUAAAAAAAGUUUUCAAUGAACAUGUCGGCAUUUUAUGAAAAACCAGAAGUUAUUAAGUGAAAGCAGUGGAUGAAUCUUUAAAAUAUGCUUGAUCACGCACAAACAGUAAGUAUUUUUUUCUCUUCAGCUGGAAAUCUAUGUUAGAAAUAAUGUAGCCCAAGAAAAUGUGAAUCUGAAGAAUUUCUUUGCCAAUAAUUUAUAGGAAGUCCAUGAACCAAAGUGAUUUGAGUUUGUAAAAUAGUAUGAACAAACUUUGCACUAUACCAGAUUUGAACAUCUAGUGAGAUUCACAUACAUCCUAAGUUUUCAACAUUGUGUUUUUUUGCAUUCAUUUUUUACUUUUAUUAAAGAUUCAAAACCAACAGUA